AGCUAAGUAGGAGAUUGCCUAGAGCCCAUUUAAUCUGCAGCAGCAAUGGCCAGAUGCUGCAGUCUAUGGUGAAGCAGGCACAACAGCUACCGCAGUCAGGGGACAAGCCUUUAAUUUUUAGUGCUAUUUAUUUGAUCCUGGUCUUUGGAAUCCAGCAUUUCAUGAAGGAACGGAGAGCCUUCCACCUGCGGACACCACUGACCCUGUGGUCCUUCAGUCUGACCUUGUUCAGUGUCAUUGCAGCCUCACGGGUCUGGAAGCAAAUGGCCUUCGUCCUUCUUAACAAGGGAUUUAAGCAAUCAGUGUGUAGUCAAUCUGUCUAUGUUCACCCUGUCUCCAGGCUUUGGUUAUUUUUAUUUGUAAUGAGCAAAUAUGUGGAAAUGGGUGACACUGUGUUCAUUGUUCUCCGGAAAAAGAAGCUCAUCUUUCUCCACUGGUAUCACCAUUUAAGCACAGCAGUUGUAACCUGGUAUGGAUAUAAUGAAAUGGCAGCUGGAAAUGGCUGGGUUGCAGCCUUGAACUUCAGUGUCCAUGGUCUCACAUAUGCCUACUACACUGUGACAGCCAUGGGCAUCCGGGUACCCAAGUCCAUCGCCAUAACAAUCACCACUUCACAAAUGGUGCAGAUGACGGGAUUUGUAAUAAUGAACAUCUUUAUCUUCUUCUGGAAGGAUGAUAAGGUCUGCCACACCACCUGGCCACUGUUUCUCGCUUCAUCUUGGGUUUUUAUCACUUUUUUGAUACUCUUUGUCAACUACUUCUCCAAAACUUAUCUGAGUGGCACCUGGAAAUCCAAGGGGGAGUAA